AUGUCAAAACCUCUCAGCCACAUCAAGAUCGCACUCCGUCGCUCCAGUGAGCGCGGAUACGCAGAGCACGGCGGCUGGCUGAAAACGUACCACACCUUCAGCUUCGCCGACUACUUCGACCACCGCUUCCUCAACUUCGGUUGCCUGAGAGUACUGAACGAAGACCGCGUCGCUGCUCGGAAUGGAUUCCCUCUGCAUCCGCACCGGGAUGCAGAGAUCUUCAGCUAUAUUCUCAACGGUGAGCUGACACAUCGCGACAGCAUGAUCAAGAAGGGUGCGGAAGGUGCGCAGGGGAAGCAAUUCUACCGAAUGCGAAGGGGCGAUGUGCAAUUCACGACUGGGGGAACUGGAAUUGCGCACUCUGAGCAGAACGAAUCGAGCAAACCGGUGCAUUUCCUUCAAAUCUGGGUCCUGCCCUGGAAGUACGGGCUGAAACCGCAGUAUCACACGAUGUCGUUCAGCGAAGAAGCUAAACGGAAGGCCUUCGUUCCGAUCCUGUCGCCGUUGGCAGCAGGGCCAGACGCGAUCCCCGCAGAGGAAGAGGCUGCUCGUCCCAAAAUUCCGGACACGAUUCCCAUCCACGCGGACUUUCUCAUGGGAGCUGGAAUUAUCGCGCCUAACACAACGUUCAAAUGGAAUGUUGGCGCUGGAGAUGUAGUCAGCUCGAAGAAGAAGAGGAAUGUAUAUAUCCAUCUGCCCAUGACUAAACAGGGCAAAGCGAAGAUCAGGCUAGAUGGAAGGGAAGACGCUGUGUUAGAAGAAGGCGAUGGUGCAUUUGUUACUGGAGUGAACGCUGGUGAUAUGCUUGCAGUGGAAAGUAUUGGGGAGGCUGAGGCUGAGGUUAUUGUGCUGGACAGUAAUUGA